UGGACAAAUUUUUGUUGGAACUCUUAUCAGUGCAGAGAGGACAUGAGAUUUGGGCGUUAGGAAAAAUUAUCUUGUUCGUAGCCUCAUUACGAAUUGCUGCGUAGGUGCAAACACGAUGUCAAUUACUGUAGAAAUAAAGCUUCGCCGAGCGAACAAAGUUUACUAUGAAGGGGAAACCGUGUCGGGAGUUGUGCAUAUCGUGUGCGGAUCAGAAACGAAGCACGACGGCAUCACGCUCGUCCUGGAAGGUUCGGUAAAUCUUCAAAUCAGUAACAAGAAUGUUGGCAUCUUCGAAGCACUGUACAACAGUGUCAAACCGAUCACCCUGCUCAACCAGCAUACCGACCUGGCACCGUCCGGGAAGCUACCAAUCGGUGCGAGCCUAUUUCCGUUCGAAUUUCCUCUCGUCUGUCCGAAAGAACCAAAAACACUGUACGAAACUUAUCAUGGUGUGUUCGUGAACAUAACGUACAUGUUGCGGUGUGACAUAAAACGAAGCUUUCUAGCAAAAAGUGUCCAAAAAACGCAACAAUUCAUCAUCCAAUACCGGCCAAUGGUGGAGCAUCCACCGAAGGAGGUUCAAUUCUCGAUCAGUCCCGAUACGUUGCAAAAAACUGCCAAGGAACGCAUAUCUAUUCCAAGGUUUUUGAUUUCCGGUACGCUCGAUUCGACGGAUUGCUGCGUGACGAAACCGUUCACCGGAAGCGUAACGGUGCACCAUACGGAGGUGGCGAUAAAGUCGAUCGAAAUACAGCUGGUGCGAGUAGAAACGUGCGGCUGUGCCGAGGGUUAUUCGCGCGACGCUACCGAAAUUCAGAACAUCCAGAUUGCAGACGGGAACGUCUGUCCGAAGGUGGCGAUACCGAUCUACAUGACACUGCCAAGGCUGUUCACAUGUCCGACGCUUAUAACGAAGAAUUUUAAAGUCGAAUUUGAGGUGAAUCUCGUUAUAAUCUUCGGUGACGAUUAUCUGGUGACGGAAAACUUUCAAAUAUUCCUGAACAGAACGGCGUAAAUGUAGCGCGUGUUUCUCAGGGCCUUCCCAUUCCAACCACG